GUGAGACCCCAGCGCCACAUAGUGGGCAACAACGCUAAACACGUGCCCGAAGUUGUUUCCGGUGAGGCGAAUUAGGAUCAUCAUGGAGAUUCCAAGAAGUAGUGGUUUUCAGCUACGCCACAUGAUGUGCGAGUUUGGACAGCUAUCACGCCCUGAUGGUGAUGUGACUGUGUUUCAAGGGGACACGUCGGUUACAACUGCUGUUUAUGGACCAGGAGAGGUGCGCAUGAAUAAAGAAAUCCUCAAUAAGGCCACAGUGGAGACUGUUUUCAAACCCAAAUCAGGACUGCCUGGAUGUGCGGAGAAGAUGUUUGAAAGGACUCUCAGAAACACAUGUGAAACUUUCCUUUUAGCAGCACUACAUCCCAGAUCAUCCAUAAGUAUCAUUGUUCAGGAAAUUCAGGACUCAGGUUCUUUUCUAUCAUGUUGUGUAAACUCAUGUUGUUUAGCACUGUUAGACGCAAGUGUUGCUAUGAAGUUCCUAGUUGCAGCCGUAACCUGUGCUAUAGACAGUGAAGAAUGUAUUAUCCUGGACCCAACAGUUAAGCAAGAGAAAGACAGCUGUGCUGUCCUCACCUUCGUGUUUGAGAAUAAAGACGAUUCCAUACUGGCAGUGUAUACCACAGGUAGCUACACAGUCCAACAGUUCCAGCAGUGUUCACAGACUUGCGGAGAGGCCAGCAAAGCAGUAUUUGACUUCUACAGAACUUCCAUAGAAAAGAAACUUUCCAAGGCUACCUAGUUACAUUAAAUUUCCUAUCAUCAUAA